AUGUUGAAAACAUUGAAGAUUGAUCAACCAACAACUGAGCUCGCUUCCAACACAACAAUUACAUCUUUUCCGGCUGAAAAAACAAAAAAACGUUCUCGACAUGAUGAAUUAACUGUUAAUGAUGUAUUGAGAUCAUUUAGUGGAAAAGACGAUGAUCCAUCAGAUGAUGAAGAAUCUGAUCAAUUUGAUGAAAUCAAUGAUUAUAUGAAAAAGAAAUUCUUUUUUCCAAAAGAUAUUGACAUAUUACAGUGGUGGCAAAAUUAUUCACUUAUUUAUAAACAGUUAUCUCGUUUGACUAUGGCUUUAUUAUCAAUUCCAGCUAGUUCAGCAACUAGUGUACGAAUCUUUAGCGAGACUGCGCGAACGCUAGAGUCUCGGAGACAGUUAUUAAGUCCUGAUUCAUCAGAUGCACUUGUAUUUCUUCGUCACUGUUUGUGA